AUGGCAUCUACAAUGCCAGGGAAUGAGGCAUUGCUACUUGGCCUGGACGACAUCUUGCGUCACCGGCAUGAGCUCUUGGAAGCCAAUCUCAGGGCGGUUCUGGAUCGGCAAGAGUCGCAGCUGCAGCAGCUGGUAAGUUCCGUGGCCAGUCUCCAUGGCUUGAUAGGCGCGAGCCUGACGAGCCCAGCCCUGGAUGCGAGUUUCAGCUUUCCGGCUGCGAGUUUUCCCGUGUCACCUCUGAACCCAUUCACGGAUGAUGCGGUCCCUUCGGAGAAGGCUGCUUCUGAAGCUCCCGCGUUUCUCGAGACCGCAGAUGUGUUGGACAUUGACUUGCCUGAUCCUGGUAUGGCCAAGUCGCUAUCGGAGGGAUCACUAGGCGAAGGCCGUGGCGAUUUCCAGCUGGCGAAGUCAAGGACGGGCCAGUCAGGGACUCGAACCACGGUGCGAACAGUAGACGCACAGGAGCAGAAGAUUCAACUUCGAGCCCGAAAGUUAUUAAACCAUCCAAUUACCGAAAUUAUUGUGGCGGCUAUCACCUGCCUCAGCGCUGUCAUGGUGGGUGCACAAGUCAACGAAGCUGCGGAACAUGCACAUAUACCAGGUCACCAAUCACCCGCUUACUUCAACAUUGUCAACCAUGCGCUGACUUUGUGCUUUCUCGUGGAGCUCCUUAUCAGGAUGUUCGCGUACGGGAAGGAGUUCAUCCUCUCGGAAGAUCGGGGGUGGAAUUUGCUGGAUUGUGUAAUUGUUGGCUGCGCCGUUGGAGAGUUCGUUCUGGAUGUUGGUUAUGCGUUCGCCAGUGGCAUGCGAGACGAGUCUGGGACGGACCUUUCCAUAAUGAAGGCCAUGCGAGUGGUCCGGAUCCUGCGGCUUGUGCGAGUGGUCCGCGUCGUUCGAUUCUUUCGUGCUCUUCGGGUGCUGAUUGCGUCGAUAGUUCACACCUUGAGGUCCGUGGUUUGGGCAUUGAUUCUUCUUUUCCUUAUCAUGUACACCUUCGGCAUCCUUUUCACGCACGCCUAUACCGAGUUCGCUUCCAACAAAGCCUCAGCCGGAACGAUCGCCGACAUGACUUGUACAGAGCCCUCCACCGAGUGCCAGUUGAGAUCCUACUUUGGAUCUGUCCUGGUGUCCAUUUUGCUGCUAUUUGCAGCCAUCAGUGAUGGAAUCAGCUGGAUCAGUCUCAUCACACCAUUAUGGGAAGCCAGUGGCGACACUGGUGUGUGGCUCAUCAUGUUUCUGGUGUACAUAGCGCUGGUGGAAUUUGCCGUGUUAAAUGUGGUAACUGGAGUUUUCUGCCAGAAUGCUAUCGAAUCGGCGUCUUUGGACCAGGAGAUGGUCAUUGAGACGCAACUCAAGUCAAAGAAGCUGUACACAGACCAAGUUUCUGAUUUGUUUCACCUCAUGGACGAGGGCAAGAAGGGCGAACUCACCGCUAUUGCCUUCGAGCAGCACAUCAACGAUCCGCAGGUUGCAGCUUAUUUCCGUGCGCUGGACAUGGACUUGAACAAUGUGUGGAAGCUGUUCACAUUGCUUGACCCGGCAUCUUGGCAAGUCAGGAACGUACAUCAACUAUCCAGUUUCUCUUCCUAA